AGCUACUUCAUCCACAGCACCAGCUUCAGUGCCCAGGCUGUGCAUGAAGACCAAGACCCCAACUUUCCUCCUGUGGCCUUUAGGUAGAGUCUUGAAAAACUCCCAGAGCACAGACAGCUUUCGCUUGGGGGUCUGAGCAUGUAAAACAUUUUUAUAACAACAACGACAAUAAAACAGCAAAGGCAGCAGCAGCAGUGAUGAGGUCUGCAUCAUUUAUGCGCUAACAUGAAUACUACAGAUGUGCCAUAAGAGAAUCCUACAGAGGACCUUUGAGGCUGAAUCCAUGGGCAGAAACGCCAUGCCUACAGUUAAAUAUCCCAGGAACUUUGAACCCCUUUGGCACAAAUGGGAUAGAAAGGCUCAAAAAAGUGGUUUGCGGCAUACGGUUUAUGCCGUAAAUGGAGAUCAAUACACCGGAGAAUGGUUGGACAAUCUCAAACAUGGCAAAGGGAUACAAAAAUGGAAACGGACAGGGGCGAUCUAUAGUGGAGACUGGAAAUACGGGAAACGGGAAGGCUAUGGGAUAUACGGCAUUCCUGACCCCACCACAAGAGGUUAUAGGAAAGUGUAUUCAGGCUGGUGGAUCAAUGAUAAGAUGUGUGGUUUUGGAGUUAAGUUUUACUCUGAAACAGCUUAUUACGAAGGGGACUGGUAUGCAGGGAAGAGAUACGGCUGGGGACGGAUGUACUACAAUGAUGGCUCCAUCUACGAAGGCCAGUGGGUUGAGGAUAAGCCAAGCGGGCAAGGAAUGCUUCGCUUUAAAAACGAAAACCGGUAUGAAGGCAACUGGAAGGAUGGCAAGAAACAUGGGCCGGGGAAAUUCAUCUACUUGGAUACAGGGCAGCUUUAUGAAGGAUACUGGGUGGCCGAUGCCGCAAUGUGUGGAGCCAUGUAUGAUUUUGGCCGGGAAGAAGCUCCGGCGGCAACCAAGUAUCCAAUCCCAAAGAUUGAACUGGCAGACCCUAAAGGUGUGUUAGAUGAAGCAGUUCGUAUAUUAGAGGAUACUGCAGAAAACUUUCCGCAGUCUGAGAAAAUAUGACGAUGGAAGUUCAUGACUAAGGGAAAGCCAUAGUCAACAGAGAGGUCCUCCUUGAACAUCAUCAUCCCCAAAUAUACACUGGUACUUACUUGAGCUUAUG